CCCUCUACUGGUCAGCGGGAUAAUACAGGGUCGUAGUAGUGGAAGAAAAAAAAAAUGAAUCCCGUUUUCAGCCCGUCGCUUCACAAGCAAAGGCACCAGUUUGUCAUGGAUUUUGUCACAAAACACAAACCUAAAAAGGUAGCUGACAUGGGCUGCGGCGAGUGUAAGCUCCUGAAGCAGCUCAAGUUUCAGCGGAACAUCGAGCUGCUGGUCGGCGUGGACGUCAAUGGCGCAAAAAUCAAGAAGGAGAUGUAUGGAUUAGCUCCUCUGUCGACUGACUAUCUGCAGCCUACGUAUGAGCAGCUGCACAUUGAGCUCUACCAGGGCUCAGUCACACAAAGGGAUGCUCGCCUCCGAGGAUUCGAUUUGGUGGCCAGCAUAGAACUCAUAGAGCACCUCCCUCUUACUGAUGUGGAGCACUUCUCCUCUGUGCUUUUUGGAUACAUGAGCCCAGCAAGCGUCAUCGUCAGCACCCCUAACUCUGAGUUCAACAAGCUUCUGCCUGGGCUGACUGGGUUCAGAAACAGUGACCACAAGUUUGAGUGGAACAGAUCCGAGUUCAGAUCCUGGGCUCUCAAGGUGUGCUGGGAUUAUGGCUACGAAGUGGAGUUCACUGGUGUUGGAGAAGCGCCACAUAACCAGCGAGAAAGCGUCGGCUUUUGCACGCAGAUCGGUGUGUUUCAUCGUGUCCAGGGCAGCGAUCUUUGCAACAGGUUACAUGGCAGCGAAGUGGAGGAAGUGUUUUCAUACACGCUGCUGUACUCCAUAAAUUACCCCACCCUGCAAGACAACAACACUUUGUGCAGAGUCCUAGGGAGUGAGGUGUUGUAUUGGGCAGAACAGAUGAAAAACAGGUGGAUGGCGGAAAAGGCCGGCGUUUCACCACACUGUCAGACUGAACGAGGAGGCGUGGAGGAAUCCCAGGAAACAGCAGAAAAGGUGGAUUGUCGCGGUGGAGGUGAAGAGCAGGAGUGGCUUAGGACCAGCAACCCUGAGCAACAAGAGUCCGGUCCAUCCAACAGAUACGUCCGCGUACCUCUGGCUGUGCUGUGGGCCUGCUGUCCGAAAAUCGCUGAGCUGAGUGGAAGUCUCAGAAAUCUCCGACAUCUGCUGACGGAUGAGCCUCGAGUUCAACUCACUCAGGAUGGCUCUUCUCUACUUGUUAAAUGUGAAGAACAAGAACUGGUGGACAGUGAUUUGGAGAACAGUGAAGGUCCACUAUCUGCACCAUGUUUUGUUGGAGCUGAACUGGAGGAAGACUGGGAACCAAAUGUUUGAUUUGGAAAAAGCUGCUUUGUUUUGUUCAAAUGUACUUAUAGGGAAUGAUUAAAACCAGGAAAUGGCGUUUGUUGCCGUUAGGCAAAACGGUUUGAUAUCGCUCCAGGAAUUUGAUUUAUCACAUUAUUUUGGCUGGUCAAUGGGGAAUAAAAAAAAUAAAAAUAAACCCAACAAUUAUCGGUCGUUAUUUCGCCCCCUUUUAAAAAAAAAAAAAAAGUCUCACAGGAUCCAGGCACGCUCAACGUUUUAAACUGUUUUAUUCAACAGUGUUGGGGAGACACUUUGCCAUUCAGUACAAUCAUCAGGGAAGCAGUUGUUGGUCAAAAGAAAACGUCUGUAACAGAGAACACCCGACAGUGUCAGAACAUCACAGAACAUCACUUUACGAGAAAUUAGUUUACAGUCUUUAAUUGGACAACAGCUUCACAGAAGAGAAAAAAGCAACCAUGUUUGUAACAUGUUAGGUACCAAGAUGAACACACCUGUGUGACACAGGUAAAAAAAAAAACAUUUUAUUUCCAACAAAAAGACAAAAAAAACAAAACAAAUUCUGACCAAGACAUCUGGUAGCCAGAGGUUAUACAUUUAAUACUAAAUAGUUCAUUAAAAAGACACUUUAUUUUCAGACAACGUUUAUUCAAAAUGUCACAUCGGCAACAAAGAAUAAAAAGACGGUGAUAUCUUUAAAAAACAAAAAAAAAACAAAAACAAACAUUUGGCUUCAAAUCAAAAACAAUUAAAAAUUAUUAAUUACUUCAUACAACACAACCCAGAGAUCUGCAUCUUAUGAGAACAAAAUGGCGUCUUGGAUGAUAAACGAGUAAACAAAAUGAUUCCAUGACAACGGAACGACG